AUGGGCAAUAACGCUACGUCCGCGAACAAGAAAGUCGACGCUGCCGAGAGCGUGCGGGAGUUUCUGGACCAAGCGAAGGAGGACUUCGAGGAGAAGUGGAAGCGCAACCCGACCAACACGGCCGCGCUCGAUGACUUCGAGCGGAUCAAGACGCUCGGCACGGGCUCGUUCGGGCGCGUCAUGAUAGUACAACACAAAUCGACCAAGGACUACUACGCGAUGAAGAUUCUGGACAAACAGAAGGUGGUGAAGCUGAAGCAGGUCGAGCACACGCUGAACGAGAAGCGCAUCCUGCAGGCGAUCUCGUUCCCGUUUCUGGUCAGCCUGAAGUUCCACUUCAAGGACAACUCCAACCUGUACAUGGUGCUGGAGUACGUGCCGGGCGGCGAGAUGUUUUCGCACCUGCGGAAGGUGGGCCGCUUCUCGGAGCCCCACUCGCGCUUCUACGCCGCCCAGAUCGUGCUGGCGUUCGAGUAUCUGCACUAUCUCGAUCUGAUCUACCGCGAUCUGAAGCCGGAAAAUUUGCUGAUCGACUCGCAGGGCUACCUGAAGGUGACCGAUUUCGGGUUCGCGAAGCGCGUGAAGGGCCGCACCUGGACGCUGUGCGGUACGCCCGAGUACCUGGCGCCCGAGAUCAUCCUGAGCAAAGGCUACAACAAGGCGGUCGACUGGUGGGCGCUCGGUGUGCUGGUGUACGAGAUGGCGGCCGGCUACCCGCCGUUCUUCGCCGACCAGCCGAUCCAGAUCUACGAGAAGAUCGUCUCCGGCAAGGUCCGCUUCCCGUCGCACUUUGGCUCGGAGCUGAAGGAGCUGCUGCGCAACCUGCUGCAAGUCGAUCUGACCAAGCGCUACGGCAACCUGAAGGCGGGCGUGAACGACAUCAAGGGCCACCGAUGGUUCGCCUCGACCGACUGGAUCGCCGUGUUCCAGAAGCGCAUCGAGGCCCCGUUCAUACCGCGCUGCAAGGGCCCGGGCGACACGAGCAACUUCGACGACUACGAGGAGGAAACCUUGCGCAUUUCCAGCACCGAAAAGUGCGCCAAGGAGUUUGCCGAGUUUUAAGCGCGAAACGGCCGAGAGAGGACACCUAUGUGUGUGUGUGGACACUGCGAGAAACGGAAACGAUUGGAUGAUACAUUGGACCGAGCGAUUACACAGCAUACAGACAGACGGACAGACAGACAGGCACAGUAUAGUGUGGCUGCUAGGGGACAACGACGGACAGAGUACGGACCGGGGGGGGAGAAGAGGCUCCACGCAGCAUCACAUACGACUUUUCCCAAUGCCCAGCCGGUGACCAGCCGGUCGGCAGGACCAUCAACGCGGUUGCUUCCCGCGUUCUCCUUCUCUUGGGUCCAGGUCCCCCUAGAUCACUGAGCGCGCCAAC